AUCCAUAUCUUGAUCGGUGCUACAGGUUCGGUGGCAACAAUUAAAGUUCCUUUGAUCAUUGCUAAAUUGUACAAGAUAUUUGAUCCCUCGAAAGUUUCUAUUCAAUUGGUUGUUACAAAAUGUGCAGAACAUUUCUUGAAGGGGUUAAAAAUUUCCACAGAAGUGAAGAUUUGGAGAGAUAACGAAGAAUGGUAUGGCUAUAAAAAAUUAGGAGACCCAAUAUUACACCAGGAGUUGAGAAAAUGGGCUGAUAUCUUUUUAAUCAGUCCUAUGAGUGCAAAUACUUUGGCAAAGAUGGCGAACGGUAUCUGUGACAACUUGCUUACCGCAAUAAUCAGGAGCUGGAACCCUCAAUACCCAAUGUUAAUUGCUCCAGCAAUGAACACAUUCAUGUACACACACCCUUUGACCAAAAAACAUUUGACAUUUCUCAGAGAUGAAUGUCCAUGGGUUGAGGUUCUGAAACCGGUUGAAAAGGUGUUAGUAUGUGGUGAUAUCGGUAUGGGUGGUAUGCGUGAAUGGAGUGAUAUUGUGGAAAUUCUCGUUAAAAAGAUU